UAUAGUCAUUUCGUAGAAUUUUUUUAUUUUUUUUUUCUCGCCGUUCUCAUCGCUUGAGUGGCAGAAGCUUGAAGCUCUCUUGCUCCCUCUCCAUCUCUCUUUGUCCCUCUCUCUCUACCUCUCUCUCCCCCUCUCUCUCGUCAGUAAUUUUUAGGGCUGGGCAUCUGGGGACUGCCCUCGCCGCCUCCUCUGGUCUCUGCGACUCUUUCAGUCGAAUUCUCGACUUCACACGCCACCUCACAGACGCACAACAUUGGCUUAUCUCCGAUCGCUGCAAUCGGAUUGUGAAUGAAUAGUUCUCUUGUAGCCUAUAUCCUCUUGCACUCUGCAGUGUGUGUUCUAAUUCGCACGACAUUACAACAACACAUGCAUGGGUGUGACUGCAGGCUCUGUGCUAAACCGUCUUCUUUGUGACAAAGGCCAUCUAACCAAACCCUCAAAUCCCACCACUGUCAAAGCCAUCACCAGCACAAUCCUCACUCACCUUGACUCUGGUCAUCUCCCGAAAGCCGUUUCAAUCCUCUCUGCAUCUCCAUUUCCCUUCCAAUUUUCUCUCUACACCCGUCUCUUCCAGCUCUGUUCCUCCAACCGCGCCAUUCUUGAGGUCCGAAAGGUUGAGUCGCAUUUGGUCACCUUCUCACCCAUCCCGCCCAUUUUUCUACUGAAUCGUGCCAUUGAGGCUUAUGCGAAAUGUGGGUCUUUGGGAGAUGCGAGGGAGCUGUUCGAGGAAAUGCCUCAAAGAGAUGGUGGGUCUUGGAAUGCAUUGAUAACAGCGUACUCGCAAACUGGGAAUCCUGAGGAUGCCUUUGGCUUGUUCAUAAAGAUGAACAGGUCGGGUUUCUUGCCGAAUGAGAUUACAUUUGCUAGUGUUCUUGGGUCGUGUGCUGCAGUUUUGGCGCUUUGGCUUUCGAGGCAAAUUCAUGCGGUUAUUUUCAAGUAUGGUUUCAAUGGGAAUGUGAUUUUAGGGAGUUCACUUGUUGACAUAUAUGGGAAAUGUGGGGUUAUGAGGGAUGCCCGUGGAAUAUUUGAUGAGAUCCAGAAUCCAAAUGACAUAUCUUGGAAUAUAAUUGUGAGGCGGUAUCUUGAGAUGGGUGAAGGAAAGGAGGCAAUAAUUAUGUUUUUCCAGAUGUUUGUGGCAGCUGUUAGGCCAUUGAAUUUCACCUUUUCUAGUGCUCUUGUUGCUUGUUCGAGUAUUACUGCACUUGAAGAGGGAACGCAGAUUCAUGGAGCUGCAAUUAAAAUGGGUUUCGAAAAUGAUGAGGUUGUUUUGAGCUCCCUUAUCGAUAUGUACGCCAAGUGUGGGGAACUAGAGAAUGCGUGUGCAAUUUUUGACCAGCCCAAGUCGAAAAAUUUGAUUUCUGGGACUUCAAUUGUUUCAGGAUAUGCAAUGAGUGGACAGACAUGGAAGGCAAGAGAGUUCUUCAAUGAAAUGCCUGAACGGAAUGUGGUAACUUGGAAUGCAAUGUUGGCUGGAUACACUCAUUAUUUCCAGUGGGAAGAGGCUUUGAAUUUUAUAUUCCUGAUGGUGAACACAACAAAAAAUAUAGACCAAGUCACCCUUGGGUUAAUCCUCAAGGUGUGUGCUGGCCUUUCGGAUGUUGAAAUGGGAAAACAGGUUCAUGGAUUCAUUUACCGACAUGGUUUCUGUUCCAAUAUCUUUGUUGGAAAUGGCCUUCUUGACAUGUAUGGUAAAUGUGGGAACUUGAAAAGUGCCAAAACAGUCUGGUUUCACCAAAUUAGUCAAUGCCGGGAUAGAAUUUCUUGGAAUGCUUUGUUGAGUAGCUAUGCUCGUCAUGGCCGGAGUGAACUAGCUAUGACAAUAUUUUGUGAGAUGCAAUUGGAGGAAACACCUGAUGAGUAUACGUUUGCAAUUCUCCUGGCAGCUUGUGCAAAUAUUUUUGCACUUGAGCAAGGAAAACAAAUUCAUGGUUUCAUGAUCAGAAAUGGUUAUACAAUGGAUAGUGUGGUCAGAGGGGCAUUAGUUGACAUGUAUUCCAAGUGUCGUUCUAUUGAGUAUGCUAUCAUGGUUUUCAAAGAGAGGGCUUCAAGAGAUGUAAUUCUGUGGAACUCCAUGAUUUUGGGAUGCUGUCACAACUAUAAGGGGAGAGAAGUACUUAAAUGUUUUGGUUUGAUGGAGGAUGAAGGUAUUAAGCCAGACCAUGUAACAUUUCGAGGUGUUUUACAUGCUUGUACAUAUGAAGGUUUUGUUGAGUUAGGCAGGCAGUAUUUUGAUUCGAUGACCAAUGAGUACGGUAUUAUACCUAGGUUAGAGCACUAUGAGUGCAUGAUUGAACUCUACAGCCAAUGGGGGUACAUGGAUGAGCUUGAAGAUUUUGUAAAGAAUAUGCCAUUUGAUCCUACAGUCCCAAUGUUGACAAGAAUCCUUGAUGCUUGUAGAAGACAUGGCUGCUUGAGAUUGGGACAAUGGGCUGCUCAAAGACUUAAUGAGUAAUCCUUCUAGUUCAUAAGAGUUUCAGAUUAUGUACAGAGCCAGGCAGUGAUUGCCAGCGUUGCAGUUUUGGAAGUGUAAACCACUACGUUGUCGUAAACGUUCUACAUUGAAUGAAAUUUGUUUGACGUAAUGGAUGAAGGAGUACUCCAGAAAAUUGAAGCAACAAAAUUUGUUGGUCAUGCGGAAAUGAUUAUUUUUUCCACUCAACGUGUUCCUACAUCCACAACGACAACAGCAGGAAGAUGAAAAGGAGAAUCGCAAAGGCUUUUCAAGCAGCCAUAUUCAAAUAGUUUUCUUCAAUUGAAGUACUGUUCUUUUAUCUACCUGUUGAAAAUAUUUUACGAUGAACAUUUGUAAGGAUACAAGUAUAAACAACAUUUGUUAUGGGGUGCAGCAGAGAAGAGAAGCCAUUACCAAGCAACCACAAUGUUCAAAGGACCAACCAAGCAGAUUUCCAGGACCUGUUGGAUCGCCCAUACUUGGGAGCCUUCCUCACCUCCUCAACAAUCGCCUUCAUGAGGACUUGUUUCAUCUCUCUAGAAUCCAUGGCCCACUCUUUAGCCUGAAACUAGGUUUAAAGCUGGGGGUCGUGAUAUUGUCACCGAAGAUGGCAAGGAAGACCCUUAAGCAGCAGGAGUAUGUUUUCUCCAGUCAUACCAUCACGGAGGCCAUCCGGGUCAUUACAUAUUAUACGGCCUCUGUUGUAUAUAUGCUCCCAUGGCUAGUGCACAUUGGAGAGUAAUUAGAAGAAUCUUGAUGGAACAGAUCUUCUCUGCCAAGGCCUUUGAGGCUUUUGAACCAGUUCACAAAAUGUUGAUCAAUAUACAACAUAUGUAAAGGGAAAAAUGAGCAGUCUUAAUUCUUUGUUUCACUUGCUUGUAGGUUCAUGGGUUGCUCAAGCAGCUCUACUUAAGCUUCGAUGAUGAAAAAUUCAGUGAACAUUGCAGAGUUGGGCUUCGUGGCCUCAGGCAACAUUGUGAGUAACACAGUAUGCAGUAAAAACCUUUUUGAUAACACAAAAAACAAAGGGAGAGAACUAAAACAUACAUUCUGGGAGUUAAUGCAAAUUCUUGGCUCUGUAAAUGUUACUGAUCUCAUCCCAGUAUUUAAGCCAUUUGAUCCUCGAGGCCUUAAACAGAGAAUAUUGAAGAUCUUUUGGAGAUUAUAUGCGUUUUAUGAAAACAUUAUCAAGGAGAGGUUGGAAGAAAGAAAAAUCAGAAUCGGCAAUAUUGGGAAGGAAAAAUUGGACUUGUUAGAUGUGUUAUUGGAUUAUAGAAGUGACAGAUAUGAUGAAUUAAAAAGCUUAUCGAGAAAGAACAUUAAAGGCAUGCUUGCGUAAAUGUUUACAGGCACAGAGACUACAUCAAGCACUUUUGAGUGGGGUAUGGCAGAGAUCCAAAGAAAACCUGAUGCGUACAAGAAAAUAGUUAUGGAGUUGGACCAAGUAGUUGGGAAGGUUCGGUUUGUUGAAGAGAGUGACAUUUCCAAUCUACCCUACCUUCAAGCAGCAGUGAAAGAAGUUUUCUGGCUCCACCCUGCCGUCCCACUGCUCGUUCCUCAUGGCACGAAUGAGGUGUGUGAGAUUUCCAGUUACCAUAUUCCUAAGGGCUGCAUAGUGUUGGUGAAUGUUUUGGGGAUGGCUAGGGAUCCCAGUGUUUGGGAGGACCCUUGUGAGUUUAAAACCGUAAGGUUUCUUGGGUCUAGCAUUGAUGUGAAAGGCCACGAUUUUAACCUCAUUCCUUUUGGGAGUGGGAAAAGAUCUUGCAUUGGAUUGCCCCUUGUCCAUCGCAUGGGGCAGCCCUGCUUCAUGCUUUUGAAUGGGAAUUCCCCGCUGACAUUUUGGACAUUGUAGAAGAGAGAAUGGGGCUUGCAAUUCAAAAGGGAAAGACUCUCAUUGGCCUUCCUAAACCUAGAUUGUCAGAUUCUGCUUACCUCCACUGAUCUCCUGUGCAAAUAUGUAAAAAUUUGUAAUAUUGGUAAGAUGGAGUAUGUCUCUACAAUACUUUAUGCUAAUGUAAUUUAGAAAUAUACCAUGAGUAAUAAUAAUGCAAU